AUGGAGAAGUGGGCAGGCAGGCCCCAGCUGUGUCUAAUGCUGUUUCUGUCCCUCCCUCAGCUCUGCCUGGAUCAGGAGGUGUUGUCUGGACACUCUCUUCAGACACCCUCAGAGGAAGGCCAGGGCCCUGAGGGCAUCUGGGGACCUUGGGACCAGUGGGCCUCUUGUUCCCAGCCCUGUGGGGUGGGGGUGCAGCGCCGGAGCAGGAAAUGUCAACUCCCUACAGCUCACCUCCACCCAGGCUUGCCUCUCCCGCCCCGACCCCCAAGACAUCCAGAAGCCCAGCCUCCUUGGGGUCAAGGCCCCAGACCCCAGGCUUCCCGAGAAACCCUCCCUUUGUACAGACCAGAGCCUCGGGGAAGAGGUGGCCCACUUCGAAAUCCUGCUUCCCAGCUAGGGAGAGAGGAGACCCAAGAGAGUCAAGGGGCCCGGAGGUCCCGUGUUAGAGACCCUAUCAAACCAGGAAUGUUCGGCUAUGGGAGAGUGCCCUUUGCUUUGCCACUGCAUCGGAACCGCAGACACUCCCGGAGGCCACCCAGAUCUGAGCUCCCCCAGACCCCUUUUAGAGGAGAAGGGCCCCUUCCAUCCCUGACUCCAGGAGCAGAGCCAUCCUCCCUAAAUCAGACCCUUCCAACUCAGCUCCCGACUACAGAUCUGUCUGCCCAUACCCAGUCCUCCCCAGAAGAACCCCCAAACUCUGCAACUUCUCAGACAGAGGUGCCCUCCAGAGCGAGGCCUGCCCCCAUAGGGCCCCACGCCAGAAAUCAGGCCUCCAACACAGAGCCCCCCUUGCCCACCCUGUCUCCAGGAGAACGUAGUAUCUCCUUUCAUGUGUCUCCUCAGCCAAGAAUGCCAAAUUCCCAGGGGUGGGCCAGUCCCCUGGUCGUAGGGAGACACCCUAGUCCUUUCACUAGUGUCCCUCGGGGCCGAGUCCAGCAGAGCCGGGAGCCCUGGAGACCUGGGGGGAGUCUUCACGGGCCCCUCACGGGGCCUGCUUCUCGCCACCCUGACGGCUGGUUGCCUCUGCUGAGUGCUGGGCCCCACUCUAGCCCCCUCUGGAGCCUCUUUGCUCCCAGUAGCCCUGUUCCAAGAUGUUCUGGAGAGAAUGAGCAGCUGAGAGCCUGCAGCCAGGCGCCCUGCCCCCCUGAGCAGCCAGACCCCCGGGCCCUGCAGUGUGCAGCCUUUAACUCCCAGGAAUUCAUGGGCCAACUGUACCAAUGGGAGCCCUUCACUGAAGUUCAGGGCUUCCAACGCUGUGAACUGAAUUGCCGUCCCCGUGGCUUCCGCUUCUAUGUCCGUCACACGGAAAAAGUCCAGGAUGGAACCCUGUGUCAGCCUGGAGCCCUGGACAUCUGUGUGGCCGGACGCUGUCUGAGCCCCGGCUGUGAUGGAAUCCUUGGCUCUGGCAGGAGACCAGAUGCCUGUGGCGUUUGUGGGGGUGAUGAUUCUACCUGUCGCCUCGUUUCGGGGAACCUCACUGACCGGGGGGGCCCCCUGGGCUAUCAGAAGAUCCUCUUGAUUCCUGCUGGAGCCUCCCGGCUCCACAUUGCCCAGCUUCAGCCCAGCGCCAAUUACCUUGCACUUCGGGGCCCUGGGGGCCGGUCCAUCAUCAAUGGGAACUGGGCUGUGGAUCCUCCUGGGUCCUACACAGCCGGUGGGACGACCUUCCAGUACAACCGUCCUCCCCGGGAGGAGGGCGCAGGGGAGAGUCUGUCAGCCGAAGGACCCACAACCCAGCCUGUGGAUGUCUAUAUGAUCUUUCAGGAAGAAAACCCGGGAGUUUUUUAUCAAUAUGUCAUCUCUUCACAUCCUCCAAACCUUGAGAAUCCCACCCCAGAGGCCUCUAUCCCCCAAAUUCAGCCUGAGAUUCUGAGGGUGGAGCCCCAGCCCGCUUCUGCACCCCGCCCUGCCCGGACCCCAGGCAUCCUCCAGCGUCAGGUGCGGAUCCCCCAGAUGCACGCCCCACUUCAUCCCAGGACACCCCUGGGAUCUCCAGCUGGAUACUGGAAACGAGUGGGACAUUCUGAGUGCUCAGCAUCCUGUGGUAAAGGUGUUUGGCGCCCCAUUUUCCUCUGCAUUUCUCGGGAGUCAGGAGAGGAACUGGAUGGACACAGCUGUGCCACAGGCGCUAGACCCCCAGCCUCCCCAGAGCCCUGCCAUGGUCCUCCCUGUCCCCCCUACUGGGAGACUGGUGAGUGGACGUCCUGCAGCCGCUCCUGUGGCCCCGGCACCCAGCAUCGUCAGCUGCGCUGCCGGCAGGAGUUUGGGGGGGGCGGCUCCUCUGUGCCCCCGGAACGCUGUGGACAUCUCCCCCGGCCCAACAUCACACAGCCCUGCCAACUGCGGCACUGUGGCCAUUGGGAGGUUCGCUCUCCCUGGAGUCAGUGCUCUGUGCGUUGUGGGCGGGGCCAGCGGAGCCGGCAGGUGCGCUGUGUUGGAAGAAAUGGUGAUGAAGUUAGCGAGCGGGAGUGCAUGUCGGGGCCCCCACGGCCCCCCAGCAGAGAGGCCUGUGACAUGGGGCCCUGCACCACAGCCUGGUUUCACAGCGACUGGAGCUCCAAGUGCUCAGCUGAGUGUGGGACGGGAAUCCAGCGACGUUCUGUGGUCUGUCUUGGAAGUGGGGAGGCUCCUGGAACCAGCCUGGAGGAAGCUGAGACUGGAACCAGUGAGCAGAGCUGUCCGCCGGGAAGCCGCCCUCCUGACAUGCGUGCCUGCAGCUUGGGGCCCUGUGAGGUGACCUGGUGCUGGUACACAGGGCCCUGGGGCGAGUGCUCUUCAGAAUGUGGCUCUGGCACACAGCGCAGAGACAUCAUUUGUGUGUCCAAACUGGGGAUGGAGUUCAACGUGACUUCUCCUAGCAACUGUUCCCACCUACCCAGGCCUCCUGCCCUGCAGCCCUGUCAGGGCCAGAGCUGCCAGGACCGAUGGUUUUCUACACCCUGGAGUCCGUGUUCUCGCUCCUGCCAGGGGGGCACGCAGACAAGAGAGGUCCAGUGCCUGACCGCCAACCAGACCCUCAGCACCCGAUGCCCUCCUCACCUGCGGCCCUCUAGGAAACGACCCUGCAACAGCCAACCCUGCGGCCAGCACCCUGAUGAUAAAUGCAAGGACACCUCUCCACAUUGCCCCCUGGUGGUACAGGCCCGGCUCUGCGUCUACCCCUACUACACAGCCACCUGUUGCCGCUCUUGCGCCCAUGUCCUGGAGCGAUCCCCUCCAGAACCUGCCUGA